AUGACAACAAUUGCAGUCAAGUACCAAACUAAGUUGAUUCAACAAGUCUUAUCAACGGAUUUUCCAGAUGUUUUUCAUUUAAUUUCGUUUGUGUCACAACAAGAUUCCAAUUAUAGAAAAAGAAUAUCGAGAAAUGCACCAACUGGUAUAAAGAAAGCGUUUGAAAGAGUUUGCCUUGAGUAUCAACUCCACAAAGAAGAUGAAUUAUUUGUGAUUAUUAUCAAUGGUUUGAAACAAUGUUUAAAAUCCUAUAUCAGUCAGGAACACCCAUUUUCAAAACAUUUAAAGGAUUGUAUUGAAAUCGUUUAUGUUCCAAACCACGAAGAACGUGAUGUGAAAAUAACACGGUAUGAGCUGCUCUUCUUCUUUGCUCUUUCCUUUUUUCACAUCGAGUGGAACGAUUAUUACGACGAGAAUGGUAAAGAGAUCAUCAACCCACGAAUUGCAGACAUAUCGUUCUUCCAAAUAUCACAGAACUUUGCUGUUGGUACUGAGCGUCUUGUGUGCUUCUAUAAUUACAUUUUCUAUGUAUUGCUUCACCCAGAAAUUCAAACGGAAGUUGUGACCUUUUCAAGGCGAUUUAUAGCCGAGCCAUACAACUUCUUAAGCGAUGAGUCAGAGUUGAAGCACUACAAAGAUGUUCAGGGCGGACUUGAGUUGUCCGACUGUAAAGUCCAUAUAGAUUUUGCUAAUAAGAGAAUGAUAUAUCAAAUAUGGCCUUCUAUUACACAAGAAGAGCUUCUCUUUUCCAUUCGUCCAGAACUCACCAUGUCAACCAUGUUCUUUGCUCCAAUGGAAAGCGAUGAAGUGAUAUUUAUGAGCAAUACAAUAAGGUUAUGUUCCUCGACAGGAUAUGGAGAAUCUUUUGAAUGUACUGGAUUACUCCCCAAGAGCGAGCAAAUGACUAAUCGAGUGAUUUUGGCAAUCGACUCCUGUGUGUCACUUUGCUUUGGAAAAACUGCAAUUGACAGAGACUUGAACAAAGCACUUGUGGGUUUCGUGAAAACGGAAGGAAGUAUUGCAACAGGGAGAUGGGGAUGUGGGGCAUUUUUCAAUGACCCUCUUCUGAAGUUUUUACAGCAAGUCAUGGUCUUUGUCGUGUCGAAAAAAGACGGAGAGUUCCACUGGUUCGACUCGAAAGAAUUUGAAAGGUUUGAUGCGCUCCUUCAAAAACUUAUUGACAAGAAAUAUCGAGUGUGCGAUUUAUACAAACUGUUGAUUCAAUUUGAUGACAAGAACUCUGAUAGUUUCGAACAAUAUAUCACUUCCAUAAUCGACAAAAAGUAA